UAGAUUGACAUUGACACAGACAAGAUAAUUAUUCACAAUCUGUUAUUACGGUUAUUUACUACAUACUUUAGUUAGCAUAAUAAAGCGCUAUUACAGAUUACUUAGUCCAGUUACUGCUGUAAAGUUUAAUUAUUUAACAGCCCUGUAUGAAAACAACAGUAUUUACUGGAAUCAUUAAAAUACCUGUGAUUUAAUGAUAACAGUCUUAUGGACGUUGUUAGCAAUAUUAAUGUGUUAAUUUUUGAAAUUAUAACUAUUUUCGUUAUUUUUGUCAUUGGGGGUGACCAAACCGACUAGAUUUAAGCAGUGCCUUCAAUUUCGAGAGAACAUGUUUAACAGAUACAUGCCUAUGUGUAUUUCGCAUCAGUAAAAAUGGUAAAACACAAAAGAAACAAUUCAGAGAGUGAUGGUGCAGAUCACAGGGAACAAGUGUUCCGCAUCAGCGUGUGCCUGAAGCAGUUCUUCCAAGACGAGCGCGCGUUGGUGUGCAUGCAAGUGAGCAGCGCGCAGCCCGUGCGCUGGCUGCGCCGCCGCCUGCGCCGCGCCUUCUCGCUGCCGCGAGCAUUGCGGCUGCUCAGCCGCGGCCACCUGCUGCCGCCCGACGAACCGCUGGCAAUACUCGAGCGCGACGAUCUUGUGGCAGUCGUGGCCGCUCCUCAGCACGCUCUCCAUCCUGAUGGCUUAGCCGCUUCCGACCAUAUUGAUGAUUCAGAAAUGGUAGAACUGCCUACAACUCAGGCUAGAGACCGGUCGCCGUCGCCGGGAAUCCCCGACUUGCCCGAUCAGGAAGAUAAUCUUCUGGAAAGAAAGCGAAAAGCUAUCCAGUUGCUGGAUCAGUUCUUUACUGUUGAGGGUCAGAAUGAAGAGCUAGUACUAGAAAGUCCUGUUCAGCGCCCCGCUCGACGGAGGAGGGUGCGACGUCGCCGAAGAACUAUGCGUCCCUUUAUUUCAAAGGAAUUAGUAGAGCAUGACAGUGUUUCAUCUACGCCACCUGAAGAAGUUUUGGACAUGACCGUUGGCACUGCUGAUGAGAAUGAUGAAACGAGGGCUGUUGACGAGACAGUCUUGUCUUGUAACGUCGUCUCUGAUGAUGCCUCCGUCGUGGAAGUUUUACGCAAUAUUUCACCGCCGCGAGCGCCGCGAGUCGUACGCCCUUUAGCCCUUUUGACGUAAUUGACUUAAUACAUAAACUAUAAUUAACAAUAUAAUAAAAUCUGAAUAAACUAAG